UGACUCCGCUACUACUGAUGAUGGGUGUUCACAAAAUGUAUCCGUCUAUAAGUGGACCACGUUCCAUAUAUAUAUAAAAAUGCAUAUUUUUAUAGGAAUUAAAUUAAAAAAUUGUUUGAUUACAGGAGGCAGUACCACUACCGGAUCGAUUAGAAGAAGCUGAAAAAUACAUAAAAAGCUUGCAAAUGAGGUUGGAAAAAUACAAGGAGAAGAAGGAAACUCUAUUAGGUAGAAAAAGAUCACAUUCAUGCAGAACUGAUUUUAAACAAGCCUUAAAAUUACCUCAAAUCGAGAUUCGAGAAAUGGGUCCUGCUGUGAAUGUGGUUCUGAUAAGUGGGCAAGAAGACAAGUUCAUCUUUCAUGAAAUCAUUCGUUUAAUUCAUGAAGAAGGUGCCGAGGUUGUCAAUGCCAGUUUCUCAGUCAUUGGAAAAUCAAUUCGCCACGUAGUACAUGCAAAGAUUGGGGAAUUUACGACUAAAUUUGAAGCUGCACGGGUAUCAAAUAGGCUGAGAGAGUUUGCUAAUGGAUCAAUCAGCGAUGUAGAAUCACAAUCAGAAUCAUUGGAAUUUGAAUUCCAACCUCAUAUGCGGGACUUUGAAAUUCCUCAAAUAUUGCCUUUGGGAGUUUAUAGUAAUUAAUGGGUUAUAAUUUCUGGGAAAUGAAAAUGUUCUUGAUUCCAUCAUGUUUAGGUGUACCAGAAAUUAAUGCAAGUUUUCUUCCUCCAAGUCUCCAAUGUGAUCUGUAAAAUGUAAGUAGAAAGAAAUAAUUAGCUUAUUUCAGAAUGAAAUGAGUUUGAUCCUUGCUA